GGCUACACCUGCACCGUCCUCGUCAACAACCGCAGCUACCAAACCGACAGCAUCUGCGAGACGGAGACCCGGGCGCAAGAAAACGCCGCUAUGCGGGCGUAUCUCAUUUGUCGGAAUUUCUCGGUGAAUGAUGGGAUGUAUCCGGUCGGGGUGGAUCAUGGGGGGGUCGUGCAGGGCGUGCCGGUUGCGAUUGGGGUGGGGAGGGGGAGGAAGUUUGUUGAG